AUGGAGGGGGAAAGGUGCAGCGUCAACGGCAGCAGCAGCAGCAGCAACAGCAACAGCAGCAGCAGCAGCAGCGGCAACAGCAGCAGCAGCAGCAGCAGAAGGAGGAGAGGAAAGUGCAGCCGCACUGUGAGAGUCUCUAUUUUCUUGCUGGCAUCAACAGCAGCAAACUGUCUCCUUUGCUGCUUCGAGCUGCUGCCGUUCGUUAGCUUUCUGCCUUCGCAGCACACACUGCAGCAGCAGCAGGAGCAACCGCAACAGCAGCAACAGCAGCAGCAAGCUCAGCAGCACCAGUUGCCGGUGAAGCAGCAGCAACUUCCCCGCCCUGCUGAUGCUGCUGCUGCACACAAAACGAGGCAGGAGAGUCUCGAUACUCAGCCGCAGCAAGAGCGACGCAAACAGCAGCAAAACGUACAGCAGCAGCAGCAGCAGCGACAGCAGCAGCAGCAGGGGAAGGACCGACGGCUGCGAGUUCGUUCUGAGCCGACGCCGCUUCCUGCUGCAACAGCUGCAGCAUUAGAUGCAGCAGCAGCAACAGCAAAUGUUGAAAGAGCGACUGACUCUGGUGCAGCAGCAGAAGGCAGAUUGCUGCAUCCAGCAGCAGCAGCAGCAGCAGGGGACGGAGCAGCAGCAGCCAGCGCAGCAGCAGCAAAGACGCCACCGGCAGCAGCAGCAGCAGCACCAGCACCAGCAGCACCAGCAGCACCACCAGCACCCGCAGCAGCAGCAGCAACAGCAGCAGCAGAUGAAGCGUGGGUGCCUGCAAGUUGGGUGCCGUGGCCUUGGCUGCUGCAGCAGCAGCCCGAUGCAUGCGUUGCUGCUGCUCUUGUCUUCGAAGCUCUGGGUGCUGUGUGGGGUGGAGUGCAUGCAGACUCCCCACUAGGGCGAGUGUAUACAGUAAAGAGAGGCUUGCUGCUGCUAGCCGCUGCUGCUGCUGCUGCUGCUCUCUGUCUCCUGCUGCUCCUCCUACUUACGCAGUGCGCCGCCACAGCAACAGCGGCCGCAGCAACAGCAACAGCAGCAGCUGCAGCAGCAGCAGCAGAUCUGAAAACCCUCGCGGGGCCGUUCCUCGGGUUUGCGCUGUCUCCCGCUGCAGCAGCAGCAGCAGCAACAGCAGCAGCAGCAGCAAAAAGAGCAGCAGCAGCAGCAAAUGAUGGUUUUUUUGGGUUUAUGUGUGGUUCUGCUUUGACCUCUGUUGCUGCGUCGCCGUAUGCAUGCGUGUUGCUGCUGCUGCUGCUGCUUGCUGCUGCUGCUGGCAGCGGCUGCACUCUGCUUACUAGUGCAUGUCUUUGUUUUGAGGAGCCAGAGAUAGAAGGGGGGAAGAUAAGAAGUCUAUUAGCAAGAGGCUUUGUCUUGAGGCAAGAAGACCCUGCUGCUGCUGCUGCUGCUGCUGCUGCUCUUCCUGCUGCUGCUGCUGCUGCUGCUGAUUCGGCAGCUGCAGCUGCAGCAGCGACGAGAGAGGCUGCUGCGAAUGGUGGGGAGAAGCAGAAAGGAGACUACCGGGCACCUGAUAGUUCGCAGCAGCAGCAUCAGCGGGAGCACCCAUCGCGCCGGCGUUCAGCUGCUGCCGCAGGACCCGCAUCAUCAUCAGCAGCAGAAUCAGCAUCAGCAUCAGCAGCAGCAGCAGCAGGCAGCAGCGUUCGUGGGUCUUCUCUACCCACGCCGCAUUUCUCUUGGUUUGCUGUUCGUCCCUUUGUUUUGCUGCUGACGACCGAAGCAGCAGCAAGGUUGCUGCUGCAUUGGAUAGCUUUUUGUUUGCUGCAGCGGGAGGUGUGGGGGGGGCCCCCUGUCGUCUUCUGCUGCUGUUUGCUGCUGAGCGGUAUGCUAGCGCUGCUGGCGCUGCUGCUCUGCUGCUGCUGCGUUGAAGAGAACCCCUUUGUAAUGAGACAGAAGCUUAGGACAAUGCUGCGUAUACACCCCAAAGCAGCAGCAAAGCAGGGAGGAGGUGGAGGCCCCUUGCUGCAGCUGCACGAUCUGCUGCAGCAGCAACAGCAGCAGAUGCAGCAGCACCAGCAGAUGCAGCAGCAGCAGCAACAACUGCAACACACCCCACACGAGCUCCAGCAUCCUAUUCAUGAACGCACACAACAGGAAGGCAGCUGCAGUCCUUCGGCUGCUGCUGCUGCUGCUGCUGCUGCUGGCAGCAAAGGCAAGGGAGAUCGCAACAACAGGAACAGCGUCAGUCGCUGCAAGAGGACUUCUCCUGCUGCGCUGCUGUCUCCUUUUGCAGCUGCUGCAGCAGCUGCAGCAGCAGCAGCAGAAAGAAACAAGCAGCAUGGCAGCAGCACAGAAGACGAAGACACGGCCUUCUCUGUUGCUGCAGCAGCAGCAGCACCGCUGCUGCUCUCAAGCGAGCAGCAACCAGCCCCACGCUGCAGAGGCCCCCUCACCUUCAGCAGAGGCAGCAGCAGCAGCAGCAGCGACACAGACGCGAACGCUCUCUCCGACAGCAGCGCAACCAGCAGCUGUAGCAGCAUUAUCAGCAGCAGCAGCAGCAGCAGAAGCAGCAGCAGACGGCCAUUUCCAUCAGCAGCAAGCCGCCUUGACCCCGUAACAGAAUCAGCAGCAGCAGCAGCAGCAGCAGCACAGCGGACACGGGCAGCUCCGCUAGCGUUUGCAUCCUAUCAGCAGCAGCAGCAGCAGCAGCAGCAGCAGCAGCUUAAGACGAAGGUGUCUCCUGGGGGCUGGGCACCCGUCUGUACGGGCCCCAGAGGUCUCCUCGAGCCUUUGCUGCAGCACCCAACACCAGCAGCAGCAACAGCAGCAGAAGCAGCAACAGCAGGAGCAGACACCCGUGAGCUUGUGGGUGCACCGUCUGUAUCUUCAGCGCAGCAGCAGCAACAGCAGCAACAGCAGCAGCUGCAACUGGAGCAGCAGCAGCAGGAGCAGCAGCAGCAGCAGCAGCAGUUGCUGGAGCUGCUGUGGGAGGAGCUUGGUGAAGGAAAGUUUUAUAAAGCAGCAGCACGCUGCUACAAAUCUUUGCUGCUGCAGGAGCCCCGCCCUGCUGCUGGUGUCUGCCUACCUGCUGCUCUCAUUGCUGCUGCAGUGUAUGGGCGUGGGGUGUAUCGUUUGCUGCUGCUGGAUGCUGCAGUUGCAGAACAGGGAGCAGCAGCAGCAGCAGCAGCAGCACAAGCAGCAGGAGGACUUGACAGCGGCGCAUCAGCAGCAGCAGCAGCAGCAGGUGCUCUAGCAGCAGCUGCUGCUGAACUGCAGCACGUAGUGUCUCUAAAGUGCAGCGGGAGCUUGCUGCUGUCUCUCCUACCAUUUUGUAUGGGUCGCUACUUCUCACCGCAGCCGCUGCAGCUCUUUGCAUGCACUGCAGCAGCAUUUGUCUCCUUUGGUGUGGGGCUGUCUCUUGUGUCUGUCUCUUCUUUAUUCCCGUAUGCUGCUCCUCUCUCUUCAUCUGUCUCUGCUGCGCUGCUGUACGAGCUGCUGUAUACAGCACCUAACUUUGCAAUCUGUCUCUCUUCAUCCUUCCUACCUCUUCAAGCAUUUCAUACUGCAGCAAGAGGUGCUGCUGCUGCUGCUGCUUUUGCUGGCAGCAGAAUUGCUGCUGCUGCUGCGCUGCUCCUCCUACAUAUAGCCACUAGCAGCACUUGCGCAGCAGAUGCAUGCUGCAGCGCAAGGAUAUCAAGCUUCUUUAGUUGCUGCUGUUUAGUUGCUGCUGCUGCAGCAACGCUCUCACUCGCACCCCAUGUCAGGGUGUCUCCAGCUGCUGCUGCUGCUGCUGCAGCUGGUGGGGUUAGUGCAACUAUUGCUGCUGCUGCUGCUGCUGCUGAAGCGACGGAAAAAACUAAGGACCUCCUGCAGCUGCAGCACCUGCAGCAGCUGCAACAGCUGCAGCAGCAGCAGCAGCAAACUAGCAGCCAGGAGGCUGCCGAGCUGUCGGGAGGCGACGGCUCCACGUCAAAACAGCUGCAGCAGCAGCAAGUGCUGCAGCAGCACCAGCAGGAUGUGCAGCAGCAGCAGCAACUCAUUACACCUUGGGCAGAUUCUGCAUAUGAAUGA